AUGGUUUCAUACAGGCGAGAGUUGGCAAAUGGAAGCUGGGAGCUCGAUAGCACGAGUCAGUUCUUUCCACCGCCAGCGCCAUGCGGGAGCUAUGGGCUGCUCGAGAAAGGAAAGCAGUGUCAGUGCCUGACCAACGAAGCAAACAACUCUACUACCUCAGCACUUGGAAGUUGUGCCCAGCCAGAAUGGUCUUCUCUUGCAAACUGCAGCUCCAGGUACGAGACCGACUUUGUAACACUCGCAGGUGCAUCGUACUUCGCCAACACUUUCAACCCUCCCGAUAGAACAGGCGCUGCAAUGCAAGAUUGCUUCGAGCAAUGCAAAUCCACUUGCUCCUGUGCGGCGUUCUUUUUCGACCAGGCGCUCCAGAAUUGCUUUUUCGUAGAAGACGUCCUGGGAAGCUUGACGGUAGACUCGAACAAGACUCAGCAACUGUUCGGCUUUCUGAAGUACCAGAAUUACUCCAGGUUAGUGCCUGUUGACAACUCAUCGUCAGACACUCCAAAGCUCCUAGUGAUCGGAAUUACCUCUGGAGGAGCUGCUGUAGCCAUUGUAACUUUUGCGUUCCUUUUCACGAUCCUGCAUCGAAGGAGGGUCAUGCUCAAGGAACUAAACAGUUUCCUUACCGGUGUACAAGCUUCGCCUUACAGGUUCUCGUUCAGCAGCCUAUACUCUGCAACAAAAGGAUUCACAAAGGUUUUAGGAAGCGGAGGUUGCGGCACAGUGUACGAAGGAAUGCUUCACAACGGGAUGAAGCUGGCAGUGAAGAAACUCAGCACACAGCAUGGACAAAAGGAGUUUGUAACAGAAGUCUCGGCUCUGGGAAACAUAAGCCACAUCAACAUUGUCAAACUCUAUGGCUUCUGUGCCGAUGCUUCACACAGGCUGCUCGUCUACGAGCUCAUGCCCAAUGGUUCCUUGGACAGAUGGAUUUUCUCCGACAACAAGGACAAACUGGACUGGAAACUUCGACACAGCAUUGCCCUCGACACUGCUCGAGGACUGGCCUACUUGCACGAGGAAUCCAGAGACUCGAUCAUCCACUUGGAUAUCAAGCCACAAAACAUCCUCCUGGGUGACAAGUUUGAGGCCAAAGUCGCAGACUUUGGCAUGGCGAAGCUACUCAUGGACAGAGAUCAAAAUGGAGUGGUCACUGGAGUGAGAGGAACUCCAGGAUAUCUAGCUCCAGAGUGGCUGCUACACUCAACAGCGACCAAGAAAUGCGACGUCUACAGCUAUGGAAUGGUGCUCCUGGAGCUCAUUGGCGGCAGGAAAAAUCUAGACUGCUCCAAGAUGGAGUCGCCACUGAGCUGGUACUUCCCAGCCUGGGCCAUGAGCGAAAUCCGGAAAGGGAACACGAUGCAAGUGGUGGAUCCGAGCGUCAAGGACUCGGCAGACACAAGGCAGGCAAAGAAUAUGAUCCACAUCGCAUUCUGGUGCACGCAAGAUGAUCCAGCAGCUAGACCGACAAUGGAUGCAGUAGUGCGAAUGCUGGAGAGCGAGGAGGAGAUCGAGGAGCCGCCGCUUACCUUCCAGUUCGAUGUCCAAGCGCCUGGAAUCCUCACCAUCACCUCGAGCGGCGACAUCGCGACAUUCACAUACAUCACCAAAAACCCUUUAGCCCAUGAGCCCUAA